AUGUAUAAGCUAUCAACGUCAACGUUCAUUACAAGGCUUCGCCUCCAAGCCUCCAAGCCCAGACUCAGGAACCACGUGAAUUACACCAAGGGCAUGCCUGACUCACGUGGUAUAUCUGAGAAAGAAAUGGCACUACACGAAAUAUCACUCCAUUCAGCAGCCCAUGUCGGCAACGAGACGAUGGUAAGCUUGCUCCUCGACGCAGGCGCCAAAACCAACCAGAAAGACGAAUCUGGAAAGACACCGCUCGCACUAGCCGUCGCAGCGGGCCACAACGCCAUCGUAACAAUCCUCCUAGACAGCGGCGCCAAUCUUGAAUCUAGAGAUUAUCUCAGUCGCACACCACUGUUCUAUGCCAGACACGCGACUAUCCUCGAGCGUCUACUCGAUGCAGGCGCCAACGUAGACGCACGAGAUAUCAACGGUAGAACACCGCUGUCAGUAGCCGCAGAGCAGGGCCACGAAAAGGCAGCCAUACUCCUCCUUGAUCACGGCGCAGAUCCUCACUCCAAGGACAGACUGGCCUGGACACCCCUCUCGUGGGCCUUUGAACGAGACCACCACGCCAUGGUAAGACUACUCAUCCGCAACGGCGCCAAUCCCGAACAACAAGAUAGCUUCGGACGGACACUGCUUCAAGUAGCAGCGGAAACGAAACGCGAAUCGAUGGCAGACACUCUCAUCAACCAAGGCGCUCGGCUCGAGGGUCGAGACCACGAAAAUCGAACCCCGCUCCUAUGGGCUGCGCACAAUGAACACGAAGAAAUGGCCAGGCUGUUGGUUAGCAGCGGCGCGAGCCUGGACGCUUGCGAUGAAGGCGGACGUACGGCUUUACUAGUCGCCGCGGAAGCGAGACACGUUGCUAUGGCGCGGGUACUCGUCGAGGCCGGCGCUAGUCUCGACAUACGAGAUGAAUACGGGCGGACGCCGUUGUUAUGGAGUGUGCAGUAUGGCGAGCGCGAGUUCAUACAAUUGCUACUGGAGAAGGGGGCUUGCUUGGAGGUUGAAGAUGGGAAGUAUGGGCGGACAGCGCUUUCGUGGGCGGCGAGGAGGAAUGGUGUAUCCAUUGCGAGACUUUUACUCGAGUACGGGGCUGAUAUUGAGGCGGAGGAUCGUCGUGGUCAGACUCCUUUGUCGGUGGCUGCGAGGGCCGGGAAUGAGGGUGUUGUUGGGCUUUUACUUGAGGAGGGAGCUUGUGUUGAGGCGGAGGAUCAUCAUGGGCGGACGGCGGUGCAGUGGGCUUCGAAGGGUGGGUAUAGAGCCGUGGUGAGGCUUCUUGGGGGAUCGGUGGAUUUUUAG